AUGCCGUCCGAUUCCGAGGUCACGCACGGGUGCGACCGCGGUGACGGCGACGGGGGCGAUGAUGACGCGCGCGCGGGCGUCCCGGACGAGGCGACGACGGCGGUGCUGGAGGAGAUUGAGCGACGAAUGCGAACGAAGGAUUUCAUAAUGGAACCCGAGGCGAUCGACGACGUGAAGCGGUACGUCGCCGCGGGUGGGGCGCCGAGCACGGCGAUCGAGACGCUGUCGGAUAACUACCGAGGGUACGCGGCGAUGACGUCGUUAGCGGUGCAGUGGUUGCGAGUGACGGCGCCGCCGAGGCGCGGGACGUGCACGUCGCCGAUGAAGACGAGCGGCGAUUCGAUGGCGAAGGAGGGGCGGCGAGGGGAAAGCGGGGAGCAGGAAACGCCGCAGGGGCCGAACGCGGAUGAGGACGGGGGAGAGGCGUCUUGGGGUUCCGACGCACGAUUCGAUGAGAUGUAUUUUUUGGAGACGCUGGCGCGUGAACGGUUCGACGCGAAUAAGGCGGACGCGGUGUUUGAGGGACGACCACCGGCGUGGUUGGACGGACUUUUCAGGAGCGAGCGAGGACGGGCGGUGUUGUUCUCACUCGCGGAGAAGAAUCCGAAUUCCUUGCUGAUUUCGUGCGCGAUUCAGCACGCUUGGCAACGCGGCAUGAGACACGAGGUGCGCGCGCUCGGACCAGCGGCGGCGGCAUACUUCAGCAUUUUCCACGAACUUAUGGCCGAUCACAUCAACGGAAUCGUAGUCUCCGGGACCGAUGCUGUCCGUCGGCGUGAAUUAAUAGAGAGAUUGAAGAGUAUGUGUUGCCAAUCGAUCGGCACGUACGUGUUUGGGCAACUCAUGUUGGCGUCGUUGGGACGGGACGAAGACGAUGCCACAGCUUCAGUGUCGCGCACCAUCGCGGCAACGCUGUCGGAAGAGAUCGAAGAAGCGGCGGCGAAGCUGCACGGCGCGGCGACAGUCCGUCGCAUCGCACCCUGGCUCGCUACGUCGGCCGUAGAUGUCUCGGCAAAGUACGCCACGGCCGAUUUGCUCAGCUCGCGACCGGUUGGAUCGAGCUAUUCGGCCGAUCGCACUCGCGACAUCGGCGCGCUUGCGGCGGGAGAUGUGAAAAAGCUGUUAGAAAUGUAUAUUACGAGCGACGAAAAGCCCACGGUGGUACCGCUUCGACAUCCGGAUGUGCUGUACAACCUCAUCGCAGAGGCGUUUAAGUGGACCCCGGACAAUGUGAACCGUCUACGCGGUGAAUGCUUCGAACUUAUUGCGCUCGCCGCAGCGGACGAAAAUAUAACGUGCGAUGAGGUGAAAGACGCGCUCAACGCCGCGGUUGCCGUGAUCGAGGAUGCCAAGCUCGGCAAGGAUCUGGACAAGGCUCAGAUGGAGAAGGUGUUCAAUGUCCCGGUUGCGUCGGCGGGUAUCGUCGCCGCUGUGCGCUCUGCGCUCACGUGCGAGGCGUAUCAUCGCGUCGUACAGGUUGGAAACACGAAUGAAGUGCUUUUACAAAUCCUCGCGGACAUCGCUCGGAAGCACGUCGCACUCCAAGGCGCCGUACUCGAGGCCUUGACGGCUGUAGUGAACGUGUGUGGUCGCUCGCACGGCGACGAACUCGUCAUCGCACUUGUCGACUUGGGAUGCGAGCUCGUCGCUGCGGGCCACGUCAUCCCCACUAUUACUACCGCGUGCGACUCUUGGCGUCGUUCACUGGAGGCGUCACAGAUUCGUUACUUUGCGGAGGAGGUGUUGGAGAUAGCCGGACCACCGUACAGUCGAGACUUUGCGGUGAUCAUGAUUCACCUCUUGGACUCGUCCAAUUAUCGAAAGAAAAUGUCGAAAACCGUGGAUGAGUUCGUGGAAGAGGUUGCUUUGAAGCGCCGGGAGCUCAAGUUGAGCCUAUCGGAGGUGAAUAAGUUGGACCAUCUUUUGAGAUGA